CGUAGGUGCCAUGGCCGCAAGAAGCCGGGUAAAAGGUCUCCAAGAGGCUGUUAUCUGUUCCCUUUGCAGGCAUUAUUUUAACGAUCCGGUGCUUCUUGAGUGUGGGCACAAUUUCUGCCGAUCCUGCAUCACUCAGUACUGCAAGGAGUCCAAAACCUCCCCCCGGUAUCCCUGCCCUCAGUGCAGAGAACCGUUCCGGGAAGGGGAAUUCCAGCCCAACCGGCAGCUGAGGAAUGUAGUUGAAAUAGCCAAAAAAUUCCCAGAGCCGAGAGUGAAGAAAGCGUGUGAAAAACAUGAGGAACUUUUGAAACUCUUCUGUGAAGUGGAUCAAACUCUCAUCUGUCUGGUCUGCAGAGAGUCCCGCAGUCACAAAGAACACGCCGUGCUUCCUGUCGAGGAGGCUGCCCUGGAUUACAAGGAAAAAAUUCAGAUCCGUUUGGAGAGUUUGAAAAAAGAGAGAGACGAGAUUCUGUCGUAUAAAUCGAGUGGGGAAAAAACAAGCCAGAAACUACUGAAACAGCUGGAAACUGGGAGGCAGAAGAUUGUGGCUAAAUUUCAGCAACUGCGUCAGUUUCUGGAGGAACAAGAGCGACUCCUGCUGGCCCAGCUGGAAGAGCUGAAUCAGGAAAUUGAAAAGAGGAGGGCUGAGUAUGUUGCCAAACUGUCUGAGGAAAUAUCUUCUUUCAGUUCCCUGAUCAGUGAGAUGGAGCAGAAGUGCCAGCUGCCAGCAUGUGAAUUCCUGCAGGACAUCAAAGGCACCUUGAGCAGUGAGCUCUAUCCGUGUGCUGGGCGUGGCAGGAGAUAUGAUGGAAGAGACAUUCCCAGCUCUAAGGAGUUUAUAAUGGGCUAUUAUCAGUAGCACUAUGGCAGUGCCUAGAGGCCCAAGGCAAAACCAGGGCCCAACAUGCUGGGUGCUGCACAGACACACAGACAGAGACAGUCCCUGUCCCAGGGCGUUUACAGUCUAAAUAGACACAACAGACACAGGGCGGAGGGAGGAAGGAUUAAAAUCAAUUUAAGGGGACAUUCAAUAAAGACAAAGUGCUGCACUUUGGAAGGAAAAAUCAAAUGUACAACUAUGAAAUAGGGAAUCACUGGCUAGGCAGCAGGACUGCAGAAAAACUU